AUGACUGAAAAAUUGGCGAUAUUUUUCGUCAUUUUGGGUGUGAAUUUGAAUUUGGUUUUGGCGGGAAGAGAGUGUGUUUGGGUGUUGGGAAAGGUUGAAUGUCAGAAAGAUGCGACGAAAAAUUUGAAUGUUGAGGUUGGUGUUUCUGGGCAGGCGGGCACUGUGAUAUUCACAUAGGGUAGUUUUGUACUUAAAAAUUAUCCCUAGAAAUUUGGGGUCUCAGGGUUACUGUAGACAAGUUAAAUUAUUAUAGAUCAAAAAUUAUAUUCUUCUUUGAAAUCUCAGAAACUUCUUGUUCACGAUUACUGUAGAAAAUUUUCCACAAAUUGGUUUGAUCUAGAAUCCAAUUUUUCGUUCAGAUUCGAGUUUGGGAUCGCGAUGGACCUGGGCCAAUUCAACUUAUUGAUCCAGAUGAUUUGAUGGGGUAAGUUCUGAGCAAAAAAAUUGAGAAAGGUUUUGAAGGUGAUCAGAUUCAGAACUUUUCUCAAAAUCUGAGAUCCUUCAGAUCCCAAAAACUUCCUAAUCUUUUUGCGUCGAAAUUUCAAAUUUUUUCAGUGUCACAUUUUCCAACGAAGAUGGUCGAUUCCAAUUGGAUGGAUGUGGAGAUGAUUUUGAUUGGAUUCCUGGAGUCAAAAAUUCGCCAGAACCAUAUAUUGAGGUACUGUAGGUCUAAAGAGUUUUAAUAUUUAUUUUUUAAUUCCUAGGGCUACUGUAAAAAAUUAUAGUAAUGUUUUUUUCCAGAUUCGUCACUACUGUAACAACGACAAAGGUGAAACCUUCCAACUUCCCGAAUUUUCCACAUUUGUCCCUUCAACUUAUGAUAUUGGAACUGUUAUUUUGGACAAAGAAACACGUGGAACAAAAACGACAACAAAAAUUGAGGAUGAAUAA